AUGCUUCGACAACAACAUUUCGUUCUCACCUUCCAGUUGACUUUGCAUGCGAUCAAUAUCGCGCAUGAUGAUGAUUUCUUCGGCUGUCGAGGCAGAAAUGCAAUUCCGAAAGAUGAUUCCGCCAUUGCGGUCGGGCUCACUCUCGAGCCGAACUUCGCCUUCUCACCUUCCUCUUCCAAGCCAACUGCAAUCCUAGUCUACAGGUUCUUCCUCCCUGAACAGAACGACCUGGACCGCGACUGUAGACCGGACCCUGAGACCGAUAAGAACUCCUUCUCCCCUCCUGCGGAAGUCCACCGGGUUGGUGCCGUCUACCAGCGAAGCAGAAAGAGGCAGGAGAAUUAG